UCAUUGUGUUCCGGUGCUGCUCUCUGUCUAGCGGUGCUCGGCGGUACUAACGCACACGCCUGCUCCUGCUGCUCUGUCUUCUGUGGACCGGUGGAGGCUGCGGGACGACAGCGAACCUCCACUGAGGAUGAACUCAACUGACGUCCGGCCGAGCGACAGUGACUGACCUGAGGAAGAGGAGGAUGAUGAGAGAGAGCAAAUGAUCUUAUUGGGAAUAAAUCUGCCUGCCGUGAAAAGAAAACAACACGAAGAAAGGCCCCGCCGAUCGUUGAGGAUUUGGAACGUAACAUAUUUUCCUCAGUGACUCAGCUGCCUUCAUGCUGCUGCUGAGAAUCCAGUCAUUAGAAAGUCAUGGACACGCUGACAAGGAGAGUAUAUUAUGGACCGACUGAUAGAGUGAGUCACAUGGAACUGAUGUAGAAGCAUCUGGGACGCUCUGAUUGCACCGGCAGAAAGAGCAAAAAGUGCUUUUUAAAUGCUGUGACUUUCAUUUAUUUAUUUUACCAAUGACAUGAUAAGUUUCUGUCCCGGGCAGCAAAGAACCAAUGACCUAAUUCCGAUUAAGUUACCUCAUACUGAUAAGUAGUCCUCCGCUGCCGCCUCCUCAUCGGGUGAUGGAACACAAUCACAAAUGGACUCUUAUCAUAGAUGCUGGAGUGUGUGAGGUUACUUGAUAUUCUGUGUGUGUGUGGGUGUGGACGGCUGUUUAAGUCAGACGUUUGAUGCCGCAUGCAGCAAUGUUGCGGCGUGGACUGCUAGCCUGGGUCUGCCGUGUCGGGGGUUUGCUGGUUCUCCUCUGCUGCUUGCUGUCACUGCUCUACGUGAUGACCUGCAGCCCACCACACUCCGAUACCCCUCCACUGAGUCACGCAUUAUCCCGCCCAGGAUCCAAUCACCCCAGCCUGGGGGGCACACGACCGGGGAGCCAUGGUGCCAUGGCUGGAGGGGCAGGAGGAGCCGGAGUUGGGCCUCCUCAAAGUGGUGGAUCACCGGGUGCCCAGUCGUACCAGGUGCUCCUUCAAGAGCGCGAAGAGCAGCACCGCCACCACAUCUCCUCCUUGAAGAAAGAGAUUGCCGAGCUGAAGGAAGCUUUGCAGGAGCGCAGCCAGCAGCUGAAAGGCGUGCAGGAGAGUCUGAAGAGGGGCGCUGGAGGCUCAGUGGAGGGAGGUGGCCUUGGGGAGACUCAAGGAGCCAAGAGCCAGCAGGCUGAUCUCCAGGAGUUCCUGAGGAGCCAGCUGUCGAAGGCUGAGGUGACUGCUGGCACCAGGCUGCCCAGUGAGUAUGCCUUGGUGCCAUUUGAGAGUUUCACCCUGCAGAGGGUGUACCAGCUGGAGAUGGGGCUGACGCGUCACCCUGAGGAGAAGCCAGUGAGAAAGGACAAGAGAGAGGAGCUCGGGGAGGUGCUGGAGAUAGCUCUCCACAGCCUCAACACUCCUUCCUCCCAGAGGGACAGCGGGGGUGCAGCAGAAAAGACAACUAGCAAAGUGUAUGCCCCGUCUGACUUCGUAGAAGGUAUCACUCGCACAGAGAAGGACAAAGGGACGCUGUACGAGCUGACCUUCAGAGGGGAAUCGAGUAAUGAAUUCAGGCGCCUCGUCCUCUUCCGGCCCUUUGGACCACUGAUGAAGGUGAAGACGGAGAGAGUGGACACAGCCAGCGUCUUGAUCAACAUCAUCGUCCCGCUGUCGAGGCGCACGGACAAGUUCAAACACUUCAUGCAGAACUUCAGGGAAGUCUGUGUGCGUCAGGACGGCCGUGUCCACCUGACAGUGGUGUAUUUCGGGAAGGAGCAGAUGAGCGAAGUCCGCAGCAUGCUGGAGAACAUGUCCAGGGAGGUUGAUUUCAGGAACUACACUCUGCUUCAGCUGGACGAGGAGUUCUCUCGGGGACGAGGUCUCGAUGUCGGGGCCCGAGCGUGGAAGGGAGGCAACGUGCUGCUUUUCUUCUGCGACGUUGACAUCUACUUCACAGCUGACUUCCUCAACAGCUGCCGGCUCAACACACAGCCCGGUAAGAAGGUUUUUUAUCCGGUGUUAUUCAGCCAGUACAAUCCCACUCUGAUCUAUGGAAGCCCUGAGCACAUCCCGACUGUGGAGCAGCAGCUGGUGAUCAAGAAAGAAACAGGAUUCUGGCGGGAUUUUGGUUUCGGCAUGACCUGCCAAUACAGAUCUGACUUCAUUAACAUAGGUGGUUUUGACAUCGACAUCAAAGGCUGGGGUGGAGAAGAUGUCCACCUCUACAGGAAGUACCUUCACAGCAACCUGCUAGUGGUACGAGCACCGUCGCGAGGCUUGUUCCACCUGUGGCACGAGAAGCACUGUGCUGACCAGCUCCCGUCCGACCAGUACCACAUGUGCAUGCAGUCCAAGGCCAUGAACGAGGCCUCGCACAGUCAGCUGGGGAUGCUGUUUUUCCGGCAUGAGAUCGAGGCUCACCUCCGCAAACAGAAGCAGCAGCACAACUCAAAUCCCAAGAAGACAUGAGGACACAAAGAUUGCAAUCAGUUAAACUGAAACACGUUCAUCGGUAAAAUCUCUACAUACUUCAAGAACAAAGAAACAUCUUAAUAUGACAGGUAAGGAAAGCUGUGAAAUAACGGCAGUUGAGUUAAAAGUACAACAUUUCCCAUUAGAAAUAAAUGUUUUUUUACUUAGGUAAAUCAUUAAUGAUUUAAAGUACAGUGUCCACCACUGUCAGACCUGAGGCAAAUCCAAACUCUAGUACUGUAGGCUGUAAACUCACAUGUAAUAGAGAAAUCGAUGUUCUUAAAAUUAAUCCUCAGAAACAGCGUGAAUAAUCAUAUUACCAAAACAUCAGACUAUUCAUUAAAUGAAAAAUGUGAAGAAUUUAUAUUGAACUGUUACAGGAUUCAGAGACUGCUGUCGCUCUAUUGUAGCAAGGACAACAUUUUGUCAGGCGAACUCAAACUGACUGGAUGGCUUGAGGCAUUUUUUUAAAAUAUUUCUUUUAGGAUCCAAACAGCUGUAGUGGACUUUUCAUUGUGUCAUCUGUAAUUCCAAUAUCUAUGUGAGAUUAUUUCUCAGUUUUAAGAGGCCUUACUUUGAGGUCAACCUACAGGGUUUUAUAGGCAGUGAAGCGUGGCCACCUAGUGGACUAAAUAUGAAUAUUGUGUAGAUGAAUAAACAAUGAAGGACAUGUUCGAAGCCUGUAGAAUGGCCUUAUAGAACAUUCGGUUUUAAUAAAUUAUUAAUAAGUAAUCUUAUUUUCUAUUUAUGUUUGUUGUUGUUUUUUCUAAAUGUCAUUGUUUAUAAUUACUUUUCUGUUUUUCUCAUUCAAAAUGCAGUAUUGUGCGCUUGUGCCAUUCAUCUCUUUGAUUAAGGGUUUAGUUUUGAGUAAAACAUAUAUAUUUUAUUUAGGUAGUUGAUGGUAAAAGGUUUACUCUAACUCCUGAAUAGGAUAUAUUCUGUAUGUGUGCCCUUAAUAUAUUGGAAAAAAAAUUCAAUUUAAAAAGAUAGAGCAUUGGAUAACUAAUUUGUGGCCACAGAAAUGACUGACAGUACUGUUCACUGUCAUCACUGACGAUGACUUCAUGACAAAGUCAGAAUAAGUGUUUCAAUCUUUAUAUGGAGCUCUCUCUCUCUCUCUACAUAUAUAUAUAUAUACAUAUAUAUAUAUAUAUUAGCCAAUAAAAUGUGACUCUUUUGUUAUAAGUUAAGUCCAGAAUGCAGCAAUGACAAAAUGUUACAUAAGUCACAAAAGUCACAGAAAUCAUGGUAUAGAGAAAUGACCAUGUUUAUAUUUGUUUUAAUGUAGUUUCCCAUUAAUUUAGUUUUUUAUUUUAUUUUAUGUUUUUACUAGCACUUAUUCAGUCAAUAAAGCAAUUCAAAACAAGGUAUGCUGUUGGUGGUUGACCAAAGAUGUGAAAAAAGCACUUUUUGAACUGUGUUCUUGUUUUGUUUCAUUGAAAUGUUCCUUGUAAUAAGAAAAUAUGCUUUAUUUACAUUUCAAACGAUUUUUUCACCUCAUGUAAUGUCAUGUAAAUUAAUUAAAUAAAACAUUUGUAUGUA